UGUCGGCCAUUUUACAUUUGAAACUGCGCCGAGCGUUUGGCUCUCUAAAUCAGCGACAUAAGCAAGUUAUUCGCAAACGGUGUAUAUCGAGUGAGAGAUGUAAUCGUGAAAUAUUUUUUUCGGUAAUGUGAAAAUUAGCAACAAAAUUCGCUGGUAAAAUUAUAUAUCACGUGUUGAAAUAACGAAAGUGUCGUAACUAAUGAGUGUGUGUUUUGCCGCGUUUUUCUUUGCCCCCCCUUCUUUGUAUGUGGGCUAGGUGCGAGUUUGCGCGGCUUGGAAUUUUUAUCCUGACGCAUACGUACAGUCACAGGAGAGCGUGUGGUGGCCGUAGACACUACACCACCGGCAGUACGUUCAAGAGGGAAAGCAAACAAAAUAUUUCGGUCGAAAUGCCUGAAGACAAUUGUUUAGUCUGUGCCACAAAUGAAGGCGUAUUUGUGGACAUCGAGAAGCAGCCAGAACUCAAGGAUAAGGCAAAAAAUUGCCGAUUAGAUAAGGUUUGGGAUGAAAGUGAGACCAAUAAAAUCUGUCAUAAGUGUGCUUUCGAGAUAGACCAAUGUAACCUGUUUAUUGAAAAAGUUAAGAAAGCUAGUAUAGCGCAGAAUGCCAAAGAAGAUUCCUGCGUUUUAUGCCUUAACACACCAGACAAAAUUUACCUCUUUGAUUUAUCAAAACAGAAAAAUGGAGUAAAUGGCUUGUUCCAACGCUUACAAGACCAAUUUUCAGAUGAACUGAAAAAUAAGGAAUUAAAAAAACAAUUUAUAUGUCUAUCAUGUCGUUACUGUGUGGAUUUAUUAGCUGAUUUAAAAACUUUACUAGAUGAAGUACCUGAUAAAUUGAAAUCUAUUGUGAAAAAUGGUAUAGAUCCAGCAGAUCUUCCAAAGACAAAAACAAUAAUUGCCAGUCGCAAGACCACAUAUAUACAGUCAUCUAAUUUACAUCUAAAUACCCCAUCAGAUACAGAUAGCGAUACAUCUAUAAGCAUGGCUAAUAAGAAGAAAGUCAGUAAGAAGAGCAAGUCUUCUCAAUCAUCUGCAAAAUGUGGACAAUGUAAAACAGCAUUUAGUAACAGUAUUGACACAUACAGAUUAUUCAAAACAGGAAAGACACUCUGCAAACAGUGUUGGCUCAGUACAGAUUUCAAUAAAGCUACUACAUCCAAGAAGCGUAAAAAAACCCAAGUCAAUUAUCCAACAACAAAGUUAUGCUCUAUUGUUUUAAAAGAUCUCUAUCGUUCAACUAAUGAUAGUGAAUACACAAUCAUAGAAGAUAAAAAGGGAAAUAUUAUUUUCAAAGUAACCGGUGAUGAGAUCAGUCAUGUACAACAUAAAGAAAGUGACAAUAGAGUAAUGACAGUAGAUAAAUCUCCAAAGUUCAAAGCAAGGCAAAGAAAAGAGUCUGAGAAAAGUCUAGAUAAUGAAAAUGUAACUGAUGAACUAUUCAGCACUACAAGGCAAAGAAAAGAUUCAGAGCAAAGUAAAUAUGAAAAGAAAGAUGAACCUUCAAUUUCUAAAGAGAGAAAAGACUCAGAAAAAAGUGAAGAUAAAGAAGAUAUUUCUGUUAAGUUCUCAAGAACUACUAGAGUUAGUAAAGAUUCAGAACACAAUGAAGAAGAAGAAGUGAGUGUGAAGUCUUGUAGGACUACUAGACAUAGAAAAGACUCUGAGCAAAGCAUCCAAGAAAAUAUUGAAGUCAAGUCCACUAGAGCAACCAGGCAACGAAAAGAUUCUGACCAAAGUGUACAAGAAAUUGCUGAAUCUAGACCUAUUAGAUCUGCCCGAAGAAGGAAAGAAUCUGAGCAAAGUGUCCAAGAAGAUUAUGAAAAAAAGCCUACAAGGAGUAGAUCCAGAAAAAACUCAGAACUAAGUGUACAGAGCAUACAAAGUAUUGAAGUUAAACCCUCAAGAAGAGACUCUGAAAAAAGUGAACAAGAAGAAGUGCAAAUUGAUAUAGACGUUGAUAGUGAUGAAGGACCAUCAACUAAAAGAGCCAAGAAAUCUAGUGCAAAAUCAGAGUCUACUACAAAGUCAAAAGUACAAAAUACAACUACGGUUAAACGUAAGAGAGGCCGAAGUAGUUCAAUUGAGUCAAUAGACAGUCGUAGAAUGUCUACUAGAAAUGUUAAGAAGCACACACAAGCAUUAGAAGAAAUCAUUGAAAUUGAUGAUGAUGUAUCUGAUACAGAUAAAGUUGAGAAAGAACUUACCCGACCAAAACGCAGUCGAAAGGCAAACACAGCUUUGCAUGAUGAACGUAGCGAUACAGAAUUACAUAAAGUUGAGUCAAAUAAAUCUUCUCCAAUGUCCAGUAAAGAGCCAACGCCAGAGCGACAGCCAUUAUCACCUUCUAGAAAAGAAACUGACGAUAGUACAAAUGUAACAGAAAUUCAGACAAAUGUGUUGAGAUCUAAAGAAUUUGAGUCUUCUGAAUCGGAAGAAAUUGAUAUUCUAAAAUCAACUGACGAAGAGAGCAAGCACGACGAAAGUUUAGAUAAAGGAAAUGGUUCUAAGGCUAUUUCUGACAUUGAAAUAGAUUCUGAGCAUGACGUAGCAGACAAAUUAGUAGAAAAAGUAGAGGACUCGGUAUCAAAAUGUAUAGAAAAUUCUCAACUCAAUGAUGAGAUUAAUGAAGAUGCUCAGAGUAAUGUGAGUUUUAGGUCAAUUGAUCAAGAUGAGCCAGAAACAAUCGAAGAAAAUACAAAAGAAAAGUCUGUUGAAAAAGAUGUAAUUAAAGCUGAAGAAAAUGACGAUGACAAUGAUGCCAGUAUGUCUAAAAAUAAAUCCGAUGUGGAUGAUCAAGAUAUGUCUGAUGAUGGAAAAGAAAAUAAGGUUGCCUCAAAAAAACGAUCAUUGAAGAAGAAUGCUCGAAAAUCCAAGUCUAUUACUGGAAAAAAAUCUGAAAAGUGUAAAAUGAAGGAUAUUGUAUCUGAUGUUUCAGAUUCAGAACAGACCAAAUUUAUUGAUGAACCAAUAGUGAUUACAUACACGUGCAAUGUAUGUGAACAAAUUUUUGAUAAGAAAUAUGAUGGACUCCUACAUGAGAUAACGCAUGCAAAAUAUUUAAAAGUGUUAUUGGAAAAAGUAAUCGUACCAGAAAGGAGAAAAUCAAACGUUAGCGACGGAGUUGAUGAGAAAAUGGACGUAGACGAAGAUACAGAAGUAGUAAAUGAAGUCGAAAAUGAUGAAGACGUAGAGAAAACUGACAAGACAGAAGUACUUAACAAAGAGAAAGAGAAUGAAAACAUUGAAAUAGCUGAAGUGAAUGACAAAGAACCUGGAAAUAAUGAUGAUUUGGACAGAAUCGAUACAGUGAAUGAAGAUGAUGAACUGGAUAAAGUCACGGAUCACAAUGAGUCAGAAACUGAAGUCACGCCAAACAGUAGAGGUAGACGAGCAUUCAGACGCCAUUCGAGCAAAGUGUCAGACGAGAAGCGACAAAAGAAAACAAGAGGAAGAAGGAAAACUGCAACUAAUAUUCCUGAAUCUGAAGUGACUACCGCAGUUAUUGAAGCUGAACCCGAUAAAAUUGCAGAAGCAGUUCAAGAGACUCUAAAUGACAUGGCUGAAUUACAUGAGAGAAUACAAGAAGAAUCAACCUCCAAAAAUCAAGAGGAAGAUGAGGUAAUGAUAGAAAAUCAGAAGGAAAAUAAAAACAUAACAGAUAAAGAACCAGAAGUAGUGUCGAAUGAUGAGGCAGAGGUUGAAACAGUCGAGCAAGAAGUCGAGUCUGGAAGUGAAACUGAAGUCACCGCAAUGCAAAAUGCAGAUAUCCGAGAACAAGAAAUCGAAACUCACGAUAUUGCGGAUGACUCUUCGAGAGAUGAAGUCAUAUGCGAAUCGAACACUGAAAGUAGAGACGCUGAACCAGAAGAACCAGAACAUCCGGUGGUUAACCUUGAUGAUGAAGCAUCUAGAGAUGUGGUUGAUGUGGAGAGUGAAGCCAAAAAACGUUCUGAGGAAUCAGAGAUUGAAAUAACGGAAGUGGAAGAUGUUGAAGCCGAAGACGAAACUGUUAUGCCUGAUGAAGUUGUCGAAUGCGAGCAAGUCGAUCUCACUGAAAGGGAUAAUAUCGAAGAUGCUUCAAAAGCUGACAACGACGACGACGAUAAUGACAUUGAAGAGAUCAUACAAGAGCCAGACAGAAACGUUAAUGAGGACGAUAACACCGUUGAUUCUGUGACAGAAAUCAAUGUUACAACCGCGGCAGAGCCAACAGUCGAGAAUGACGCUGAAAAUCCUAAACCAAAUGAUGACACGGACAACACCACCGAAGACGAGGCUUUGGCUCAAGAAAGCCUUGAAGAUUUACUCCAACGCAAAGGCCUUCAAGUGGUCGAUGAAUUCGCAGAAUCGGUAACUGACGGCGAAGACGAAAGUGAGAAGGAACUGCAUGUUAGCUCCGAAAAAGAAAACACUCCACUAAAAAAAAGCCAGACUAAUAACGAGCUCGAGAUCAAAAUCUCCGACACUGAAUGCACGGAAAUUCUAGAGAUUACUAACAAUAAGACGAAUAAAAUGUCUGUCGUCGGUGAGGUUCAAAUUACACAAGACGUCGAUGUAGUCGAGGAAGUGGUGAACGACGAUGACGACGUACAGCCACAGAACGAUGUCGUCGAGGAGGUCGAAGUCGAGAGCAACAACGUUUCUUUCAAUUUCCCGAAGCUGUAUUAAACUAAUACUGGACCUUCCCACACUCCCACUCGACGGCGUCGCAUGAGACUGGACGAGUGAGAAAAAAAUCUUCGUACGUUUUUCUUAGAGUCGACAUCUCCAUCUACAAAGUAUCACAGGAUCUCAGCCAACCAGCGAGGCGUUAUAUAUUUUUUCCCCCUAAAAAAAUUAGCUAUUUCAUAUUUAGUCCCGACGGAGACGUCGACUCGACGAAAACUAAUGGCGAAACCAAUCUACAUAAUCAUUUAUCAAAUGAUCAGAGUUCCCUUUAUUCGAUAUUUUUAAUCCUAAAUUUGUAUCUGCGUAGUAGAGUAGUUGCACUAUAUCGCUCGAAGUGCUUUGAGUUCUUUUGUAAAAUCAAUUCUGUUUAGAAUAGAACCAUUUUUCAUCCAAUGUCAUUGAAAAAAACCAGUGUUUAAUAGCUUUUAUACUUUAGAUCAGUCCUCUUAAUCAUUAUUCCGGCUCUUUUGUAGCGCAAAGCAAAUGGGAGUUCCCAAUAUGAGAGACGUACAUGUACGAUACAAAUAAAUUAGGUAAUUUAAAUUAAUUGAUAUGUUGUGCACUACAUCUCACGUAUAUUCCUUGAGUUUCCUUUGGUCAUUCGUUUAUAAUACAAUAUUUAGUUGUUUACAAAUUUAUCCUGCUUCAUUGUUUUUUAUCACAUUGUAAAAUGAAAAAUUUCGAAACGUGCCUACAAAAUUUGCUGUACUUCCAAGUAUCUAAAGUAAACUCAUAAGAAUAUGCGUUGAGAGAUACUAUAAACCAAUAAUAACUAAGACAAACAUUUAUUAAGUAGAUAGUUAAAGAACACCUUUCAUACACAUCGAGAUAUUAGAAUAAUUCACCACGAUCCCUCCAUUGGCAAAUUUUUAGUAUAGCGUCAGCAUCGCCUUCGACACUUCUUUUAAUUAAGACUUUGUACGCAUCCGUUAUGUCUUUACCUUGAGUAGAAAAAAAAUUAAUCAAACAUGCGAAUCGUAUAAAUAAAUAUAAGAUAAUACUUAUGAUACAAGUUGAAAGUUUGUAAAUAUAUACAAAUUAAACGCAAAAUGCGAAGAAUUUGUUCUACUUGAUUUAGUGUUAUUUAUUAAAUCAUAAUGUUGAAUUACUUUUUUUGUACAAUGUAUUUAACAUGUUAAGAAUACAUCAGCUUAUAAGCUCGAGUUUUUGAUUUUCGUUUUUUUUGUUAAUCAUCUCAUGACUGUUAAAUACACGAAUACUUCAUAGUAAAGCUAGUUUACUUUGAAUAUAAAUUGACAUAAAUGAAAUUUCAACUUGUUAAACAAUUCUGCGUUAUUUGUGAUUUUUUCUCAUUUUUUUCAAGAGGUUAAAUGGCUUGUAAUAUAGAGAUUUAAAAUAAAUACAUUUUUAUAUGACACGAAACGAGUGUUAUGUUUAAUAAUGAUAAAAUCUUACGAUUAAUUUAGGAAUAUAUAUAUAUAUAUACACGUAAGUCUAUAGCCCGCUUUGAUUUGAAGUACUUGAAUGAGAAAAUAAACGAUUCGCAUAUCUAUUUUUUAUUUAGAUGUAGGUAUCGUGCACAUAAUUUUCUUUGUCCUUAAGGAACUCUCGAGAUCCAUUUUAUUUUAUUUUAUAACAACCAGAAAAUCUUGUAAAAUAAUUACUAUUGCAUAUUUGUGAGAAAGACAAAAAACUGUAUGUAAA